CUUUGGGGUUUCUAUGAGGUAUCACUCAUGAUUUCCUCAGUCAUUUUGACCAAGAUGUAUUUCCUUCUUGGCACUCUGCCUCAGGUAGCACUCUGAAGGAUGAAUGACACUAGCAAAGCAAGCCACACCAUGGGUGAGAUCAGCCAAGAGGCUGUAGAGAAAUACCUUGAGGAGAACCCUCGCUUUGCCAAGGAGUACUUUGACAAGAAGCUGCGAGUGGAGGCACUGGGAGAAAUCUUCCAAAACAGCCCGUUGUUCAUCAAGGACAGUGCCUCCUUCGCUGAGCUAACCCAGGUGGAGGAGUCGGCUGUGUGCUUGGAGCUGCUGCGGACAGUGCAGGAAGAGGCGGGCAGCGUGGAGGUGGUGGUGCACAAGGCCCUGCAGAGGCUGGCCCAGCUACUGUGGGCCGACCGCUGCAGCAUGUUCAUAUGCCGGGCCCGCAAUGGCACGCCGGAGGUGGCCUCCAGGCUACUGAACGUCACCUCGACCUCCAAGUUUGAGGACAACCUGGUGGUCCCUGACAAAGAGACUGUGUUUCCACUGGACAUUGGGAUUGUGGGCUGGGUUGCUCACACGAAGAAAGCCCUUAAUGUCCCAGAUGUGAAAAAGAACAGCCAUUUUUCGGACUUCAUGGACAAGCAGACUGGAUAUACCACUAGAAACCUGCUGGCAACCCCAAUCCUGAUGGGCAAGGAGGUUCUUGCUGUAGUUAUGGCACUUAACAAAGUAAACGCAUCUGAAUUUUCCAAACAGGAUGAAGAGGUCUUUUCCAAAUAUCUCAGUUUUAUUUCUAUCGUCCUAAAACUGCAUCAUACCAACUACCUCUACAGUGUUGAAUCCCGAAGAAGCCAGAUCCUUAUUUGGUCAGCCAAUAAAGUAUUUGAAGAGCUCACAGAUGUUGAGCGACAGUUUCACAAAGCCCUCUACACAGUUAGAACAUAUCUCAACUGUGAACGAUACUCCAUUGGACUACUGGACAUGACCAAAGAGAAGGAAUUCUAUGAUGAAUGGCCAGUCAAGCUUGGAGAAGUGGAGCCUUAUAAAGGUCCAAAGACACCAGAUGGCAGAGAAAUCAUCUUUUAUAAAGUCAUUGAUUACAUUUUACAUGGAAAAGAAGAGAUCAAAGUGAUUCCGACACCUCCUGCAGACCACUGGACUUUUGUUAGUGGGUUGCCUACAUAUGUUGCUGAAAAUGGAUUGAUAUGUAACAUGCUGAAUGCCCCGGCGGAUGAAUACUUCACAUUUCAGAAAGGACCUGUAGAUGAAACUGGUUGGGUCAUUAAAAACGUCCUGUCCCUGCCUAUUGUCAACAAGAAAGAAGACAUUGUGGGAGUAGCUACGUUUUACAACAGGAAGGAUGGAAAACCUUUUGACGAAUAUGAUGAACACAUUACUGAGACUCUCACACAAUUUCUUGGAUGGUCUCUUUUAAAUACUGACACCUAUGAGAAAAUGAAUAAACUGGAAAACAAAAAAGACAUUGCUCAGGAAAUGCUCAUGAACCACACCAAAGCCACUCCUGAUGAAAUUGAGUCUAUAUUGAAAUUUAAAGAGAAGUUAAAUAUAGAUGUAAUUGAAGACUGUGAAGAAAAACCACUUGUCACAAUUUUAAAAGAGGACUUGCCAGACCCAAAGAAAGUAGAACUGUAUGAAUUUCACUUUAGUGACUUCCCCAUUACCGAGCAUGGAUUGAUUAAGUGUGGACUACGACUAUUCUUUGAAAUAAAUGUGGUGGAGAAAUUCAAAGUGCCCAUAGAGGUUCUUACCAGAUGGAUGUACACCGUGAGAAAAGGGUACCGCUCUGUCACUUACCACAACUGGCGGCAUGGAUUCAACGUGGGGCAGACCAUGUUUACUUUGCUGAUGACAGGAGGACUAAAGAAAUACUAUACGGAUCUUGAAGCCUUUGCCAUGCUCGCUGCUGCUUUCUGCCAUGACAUCGACCACAGAGGCACCAAUAAUUUGUAUCAGAUGAAAUCCGCAUCUCCAUUGGCAAGGCUUCAUGGAUCUUCCAUUUUGGAGAGGCACCACCUGGAGUACAGUAAGACUCUACUGCAGGAUGAGACUUUAAACAUCUUCCAGAACCUAAAUAAACGCCAGUUUGAAACAGUCAUGCAUUUGUUUGAAGUUGCAAUAAUAGCAACCGACCUGGCUUUGUAUUUCAAGAAGAGAAUGAUGUUUCAAAAAAUUGUUGAUGCCUGUGAAAAAAUGGAAACUGAAGAAGCAACCAUCAAAUACGUAACCACUGAUCCAACCAAAAAAGAGAUCAUCAUGGCAAUGAUGAUGACUGCAUGUGACCUGUCUGCUAUAACCAAGCCCUGGGAGGUACAAAGCCAGGUAGCACUUCUGGUUGCAAAUGAAUUUUGGGAACAAGGAGAUCUGGAGAGAACAGUGCUACAGCAACAACCUAUUCCUAUGAUGGACAGAAACAAAAAAGAUGAACUACCCAAACUGCAAGUUGGAUUUAUUGAUUUUGUUUGUACUUUUGUAUAUAAGGAGUUCUCACGGUUUCACAAAGAAAUCACACCUAUGCUGAAUGGUCUUCAAAAUAACAGAACAGAAUGGAAAACACUAGCCGAUGAGUAUGAUGAAAAGAUGAAAGUAAUAGAAGAGGAGGUGAAAAAGCAGAAAGAAGGAAACACAAUAGAAAAAGCUGCAGGAGAUUCAGGAGGUGGUGGUGAUGACAGGAAGUCCAAAACAUGUCUAAUGUUAUAAUAUUAUCCAACUGGUCUAAAUUCCAAAUAUGUUUCUACUUCCAAACAAAAACAGAAAACACUCAAAAGAGCUUCAGCAAGUUUCAUUCAGUAAACCGUCAAGUAACAAAGAGGAUCUUCAGAAGUUACCCUACCCCUGCUACUAUGAACAGAAAAUAUAUUGCUAGCCUGACAACUCUGAGGAUAAAAUAAAGAUCAACAAAAGUACAAAAUAAGACAAAAAUGGGUACAUUUCUGGUGCCAAUUUGUUUUUAAUUAAAAACAUGCAAUUCUGAAA